AUAAAAUCAAUACUCACCUUGCUCUUAGAUCUCAAUAAAUGCAGAGAGGGGAAAGGGAACAUCAACUGUGAAGCGAUCUUUCUAGCCAGCUAUAAUCAGCCUAAAAAAUGGAAACCUUGGAAUAUCAUGAACUUGUUCAGAGAUACUAUGGCUCUCGCCUGGAGAUACAUGGUAAUCUAAAGACCAGUGCAUCAUGCAUGUCACCAUCCACCCCAAUACCCCAGAGCACUUUUGAUGCACUUCGACUAGUCCACCCCUCGGUCUGCAAAAAAUACUCUGGUUGUGGGCUGGUUGUUCCUGAGAAGCUACAGGGCUGUAAGGUGCUGGAUCUGGGCAGUGGCUCUGGCAGAGACUGCUUCAUUCUCAGUAAACUAGUGGGCCAGAGCGGUCAUGUCAUCGGCAUUGACAUGACAGCAGAACUGAUCCUGGCAUCACGCAAAUAUGUCCAGUACCACCAGCAGAAGUAUGGCUACGAGAAGCCCAACACCAUAUUUGUGCAGGGUUACAUAGAGAAACUGAAUGAGACGGGAAUACAGAGUGGUUCGCUGGAUGUUCUGGUGUCAAACUGUGCCAUGUGUCUGUGUCCUGACAAGAAGCCGGUUCUCAGGGAGGCUUUCAGAGUGCUCAAGGAGGGUGGGGAACUUUACUUUAGUGACAUAUAUUCCAGCAAGGCUGUUCCGGAACAUUUGAAACAAGACCCUGUUCUGUGGGGUGAAGGCUUGAGUGGUGCCCUCUACUGGCGAGACCUGAUCUCUCUAGUGCACGAGGUGGGCUUUAGUACUCCAUACCUUCUCACUGCAAGCCACAUCAUAGUCCACAAUAGUGAGCUACAGAAGAAAGCAAGUGGCAUCACACACACCUCUGCAACUUACCGCCUCUUCAAGUUGCCCAAAAAUAGAAAGCAGAGCGACGCAGUUGUGGCUUACAAAGGAACGGUCCCUGACCAUCCCGACCUACUCAAGUUUGACAUGUAUCAUUAUUUUGAGACAGACAUAGAGGUAACCGUGGAUGCAGAAAUGGCAGCCGUGCUUCAGCAUUCCCGAUUCUCCUCUGACUUCUCCAUCCAAAGCUCAGACAAACCUGCACCAAGCCCUAAAUGUGCCCCUCAGGUCACAGCAUCACUCUGAACAGGAGGAGGAGGCUUACCACACAGCUCAGCCCACUCAGUGUCUCAAAAGCCCUACUGUUUGAAUAGAUAGCUAUAUGCAGUAGUCUGCAAGCACCGGUAGCCAAUUCUCCUUCUCUCUCCUCUCUCUCCUCUCCUUUGUGAUGUGCUUUUCAGAGUUGCCACCUUAAUAACCCAUUCCUACUUGCUGAUAACCUCAAACUUCAUUCAAAGCCCUCCACCAAGAUUGGGAACACUGAAGAACCAGUGGAAAAGUAUGACACUACCAACUGAAGGGAGAUACUAUUUUCUUCAUGAAAAUGAAUAUAAUAAACAUGUUACAUGAUUUUGUUAACUACA